AUGGCUGGAGAGUCGAGCGCGGGGGGAAGCAGUUGUUCAUCGGGGGAGCUGGCGGAGAUGAAUAAUAAAAAUAAUAAUAAUAAUGGGAAGAAAAAAGUGGUUGUGGUGGGAGUGGACGACAGCAAGGAAAGCUUUUACUCGCUGGAAUGGACAGUGGAGAAUCUGCCAAUGUUGAGAAAGGAUAUCCAGGUUGAUGAUCAUCAGUCGUCGUCGGCCGCCUUGUUCAAGCUGAUCCUGGUACACGUGAAGGUCCCAGCAGUCUCAAUCCUCAGGUUUUCUGGGCCAGGAUUUGGUGAUGUCCUUCCUCGGAUUGAAGCCGAUCUCAAGAACACUGCUUCCAUUGUUACUGACAAGGUCAAGGACUUCUGCAACCAAAAAUUGAUAACGGAUUAUGAAGUGGAAGUAUGGGAAGGAGAUGCACGGAAUGUGCUGUGUGAGGCCGUGGAGAAGCACCGUGCUGACAUUCUUGUUGUGGGGAGCCAUGGCUAUGGUAUCUUCAAAAGAGCUAUUCUUGGGAGUGUGAGCGACUACUGUGCGCAUCAUGCUCAUUGCAGUGUGAUGAUCGUGAAGAAAACCAGCAAUACUAAUAAUUAA